AUGAGUGGGAAGUUUGUGAGAGCAUCCAAGUUCAGACAUGUCUAUGGUCAAUCUGCUAAGAAGGAGGCCUGUUACGAGAAUCUGAAGCCAACAAUUAGUGCCUUUGAUAGUAACAUUAUUCAGUCAAAUGGAAGAUACAUUGCCUUGAAUGCAAACGGUAUUGGUUCUUUCUGUGUGAUUCCAGUGGAUGAAGUAGGUAAAGCUCCAGAUAAGGCGCCUAUGUUUAGGGGCCACACCGGAGGCUCUGUAUUAGACACUGCAUUUGAUCCUUUCAAUGAAAGAAGAAUUGUAUCUUCUGGUGAAGAUGGGAAGAUCCUAGUUUGGGAAAUCCCAGAGGAUUACUCUUACUAUAAUGUGGAUCCAGAAAAUAUUGUCGAUGUCCAUCCGAUUGGUUCGUUAACAGGUCAUUCUAGGAAAGUGGGCCAUUUGCAGUUCAAUCCGGUCGCUAAAGAUGUUCUAGCUUCAUCAUCUUUUGAUUAUACAGUUAAAGUCUGGGAUCUUGGGGAAAAAGAAUGUAAAAUAACACUCAAACACAAAGAUCUAAUCACUUCCUUUACUUUCAAUUACAAUGGUACUAAAAUUGCCACGGUUUCAAGAGAUAAAAAAGUUAGAGUUUGGGACGUCAGGACUGGCGAAUUAUUAAGUGAAGGUCCUUCUCAUCUUGGAGCAAAGGCAUCGAGGGUUGUUUGGCUAGGUAACACAAACAGAUUAGCAACUACUGGGUUUGAUAGGUUCUCUGAGAGACAACUUGGACUAUGGGAUUCUGACGAUUUAACUAAGGGUUGUAUUGGUGGAUUCAUCUCAAUUGAUUCAUCUUCCGGAACCUUAAUGCCAUUCUUUGAUCCAUCAACCAAUCUGUUAUUUGUAGCUGGUAAGGGUGAUGGUAACGUUAGAUUUUUCGAAUUUGCCGAUGAUGAUUUACACUUGCUAGGCGAAUACCCUUCUACUGAAGCUCAGAGAGGGUUCACCGUAUCACCUAAAAGGUUUGUCAACGUAAAGGAAAAUGAAAUAGUCAAGGGAUACAAAUUACUCAAUUCAAACACCAUUGAACCGCUAUCAUUCAUUGUCCCAAGAAGAUCUGAGAUGUUUCAAGAAGAUAUUUACCCCGAUGCUCCAGCGGGCGAGCCUGCGAUGACAGCAGCAGAAUACUUUGAUGGCAAAACAGUGGAUGGCCCAAUUCUUUGUUCAAUGGAAGAUAUUUAUAAUGGCAACACUCCUGCACUAUCUGAAUCAAAACCAGAGCAGAAAAUUACCAAAGAAACCAAGCAGCUUGAAAAAUCUCCCCAAGUCUCCUCCACUCCAGUUAUAAAAGAGCCUUCAACACCUCAACAAUCGGGUGAGAAAGAAGAGCCAAGACUCGUAUUUACCAAGUCUCAGGAACAAGGAGUUGAAUCAAUGUUGAGUGAAAAGAAGGUUGAUUCGUUGCUAGAUAAGGUUAACGACUUAUCCGAUAUUGAACAAGAAAUUGACACCAAUGUCAACGAAGAUGAAUGGGAUUCUAAACCUGAACAAAAUACACCUAAGCAAGCAAAUUCAGUGGUGACCCAAGAAACACCAAAGGAAUCUCCAAAGGAAUCUCCGGUUUCAGCAUCAGCUUCAGAAACGCCAAAGGAAGUUUUGGUUACAUCAUCAACACCGGAAACACCAAAGACAGUAAAUAAUGACAUUCCUGGCGAAACACCUGAUCAUGCCGUCAAAGCCAGUCCACAGACUACAUCUGCUCCUAAAGGUGCUGCAGCUGGUGGUUUAAAGGCAAGUUUAGAUAAACUCCAUGCUUUGAUACAGAGUCUUGAAUCAAAUAUUGAGCAGCUAACAACAGCAAAUCAAGCCAAAGAUGAAAGACUUGCUGCUCUUGAGAAGAAAAUCGAUCAGCUUCUUCAAAAAUAG